AAGUGUCAACGGAGCCUUCAGUUCAAAGUGCAAUUCGGUGGAAGUGUGUUAUGUGAAACUCUCGUGCUGAAGAGUUUUGUUUCAAAAUAUGCAGUCAAUUGUGAACUGUUUCUAAAUUGUGUCUUGAAUUCUUACCUACGUAGAUCAAUUGCCGGGUCGCCAGGAUCAAGAGAGCGGCGACAAUGAAACCGAAAAUUGAUAAAAGACUGCUGCCUAUGAAGGCGCAUUAUUUCCUCUACAAUGCAGGAACGGCACCAGUUGUACCUUACAUGCCUGUAUAUGCGCGACAACUCGGCUUCUCAUCGGUAGUCGUUGGGACUAUCUACACAAUUUUGCCAGUUGUCGGCUUAUUGGCUAAACCGCUAUUUGGACUGAUAGCUGAUAGAUUUCGUCAGCAGAAACGAUUGUUCCUUAUAUUUCAAAUUUUAACAGCCAUUGCCUUCUUCGCCAUUCUUUUCAUUCCAUCUAUACCAAAGAGUACAUCGAUGGCAUUUCAUUGUAACAAUGGUAUCACAGAUUUGCGAUAUAUUCCUGAAAACUCGGAUUUGGAUACAUGUAUAGAAAGUAGUCUAGAAUCUCGAUACAAAAAUCAAACAGUUUCAUGCAACUUAAAUUGCGGUGCUAAAUCAUGGAUGUGGCAAACGAUAUGUGAUAACUGGGGAGUUUACGACAAUUGUAAUGAUGUGAAGGAUAAGACGAAAUUCCAAUUUUCGAUUGAACUUCGACCGGAUCACAUGGAAAUCAAAAAGAAUGGAAUAUAUUUUAUCAUUAAAAAUGGUAUAAUGAAUGGCCGCAAUACAACGAUGUACUGCCCGCAUUUGAAUAAUACAACUCCGUACUUUAAAACCGACUGUGAUAUUAAGUGCAACGACCAAUAUAUUAUGGAUGUCCUGACCGAGAGCAAGAUACAAAAUAAUGAUGCUGUCGGAUUAUAUCAGUUUUGGCUGUUCUUCAUGUUUCUGAUUAUUAGUUGGGCUGCAAUGGCAGUGGUUGUUAGUGUUGGAGAUGCAAUUUGUUUUGAAAUGCUCGGCGAUAGACCUCAUCUGUACGGAAAUCAGAGGCUUUGGGGAGCUGCUGGUUGGGGUGUGAUAUCAUUAUUUUCUGGUUACUUAGUGGAUUUAUUUUCCGGUGAAUCAUAUUUUAAAGAUUAUACGGUUGUAUUUUAUAUGACGCUGAUAAUGAUUGCGAUGGACGUUUUUGUUUCCCUAAGAUUAGAGCACAAUCAAACAAAAUUCUCAACAAACAUUGCAAAGGAUCUUGGAAAAAUCUUCCUUUCCAUACGUGUAGUGGUGUUUUUCGUAUGGUGUAUUCUUGUUGGACUAUGCACAGCGUUAAUUUGGAAUUUCUUGUUCUGGCAUCUGGAGGAUUUGAGCGAUAUGGAAGGCAAUUGUGACAGUCAAAACUGGAUGAAGACCCUUCAAGGUAUCGCUAUGGCGAUUCAAUGCUUCGGUGGUGAAAUACCUUUCUUCUUCCUAUCUGGUUGGAUUCUGAAGAAAAUUGGUCAUAUCAACGCUAUGACCUUAGUAUUAGCUGCAUUUGGAGUACGUUUCAUAUUAUACUCACUUUUGGCAAAUCCUUGGUUUGUUCUACCAAUUGAACUAUUCAAUGGACUCACUUUUGGAAUAUUUUACGCCACUAUGACCUCAUAUGCUAGCAUUGUUGCCCCACCAGGAACGGAAGCAACUCUUCAGGGACUUGUUGGUGCUAUAUUUGAAGGAAUUGGCGUCUCUACUGGUAGCUUUAUUGGAGGCUUAUUGUUCCGUGAUAUUGGCGGCAGCAAAACAUUCCGAAUGUUCGGAAUAUGCGCCUUGUGCGCAGCCUUAAUUCAUGCAUCUUUCUAUAUUAUUUUGGAGAGAUGUGGUAAAAAUAAGGGUCUCCGACCAAACUACUUGCCACCAACCGAUGCAAUACAUAUGCUUGAUGACGAAGAUAUGAAUUUUAGAAGUUAGAAAAAUGCAUUCCUUUCGAGAUAUACACAGUAGCCUAUUAGAUGAUAGUUUCUAUUUAUUCCCGUAUUCCAUGUUUCAAUCUGAAGCAUGCCACAGUAUACCAAACACGAGAUUCACAAAUAUAUAAUUGUGCCUUAUUUAUAGAAGGCCAUUGCGGUUAUCAAGAGCAAUAAUAUUCAAAUGUUUGCAUUAUGCUGCAUAUUUAAGGAAAAGCUAAGGGUCACAUAAAACAGGUAGAUCUCUAUUUAAAUAUUUUUUAUUUAACUUUUUUUGUAUAUUUUCAUAUUUAUCUAUAACAAUUAUUAUUAACAAAGUGUUGCCUGGAGUAUGUUUAUGUAAAACUAAAUGUAGCAUUGUUAGUUUGAAUAAAAUUUACCCAAAAGUAUUUGAAAAA